UCAUAUUCCCAACUCAUAAAAUCAAUAUGGCCAUUCCAACCAUCAAACUUGGGUCUCAAGGCCUUGAAGUAUCAGCUCAGGGGCUUGGGUGCAUGGGCAUGUCCUCCUACUAUGGCCCUGCUUGCCCACAAGAAGACAUGAUCUCCCUCAUCCAUCGCGCUGUUGCUGCCGGGGUUACAUUCUUGGAUACCUCAGACAUUUACGGGCCGUUCACCAACGAGGUUCUUCUUGGACAAGCUCUCAAGGGAGAUGGGGUUAGAAAGAAAGUUCAGUUGGCUACUAAAUUUGGACUCCAUCUUGUCGACGGCGAUUUCGAGGUUCAUGGCGAUCCAACCUACGUGAGGGCUGCAUGUGAGGCUAGCUUGGAGCGGCUCGGGGUUGAUUGUAUUGAUCUCUAUUAUCAACAUCGGAUCGACACGAAAGUUCCUAUUGAAGUCACGAUUGGAGAGCUAAAGAAGCUAGUUGAAGAAGGGAAAAUAAAAUACAUAGGUUUAUCAGAAGCUUCAGCCUCUACCAUUAGAAGAGCUCAUGCAGUUCAUCCCAUUUCAGCUGUUCAAAUCGAGUGGUCUUUGUGGGCUCGAGAUGUUGAACAAGAUAUUAUUCCUACUUGCAGGGAAUUGGGCAUUGGAAUUGUGGCAUACAGUCCUCUGGGAAGGGGUUUUCUAUCCUCAGGGGCCACCUUCAUUCAAAACUUAACAGAAGAUGACUACAGAAAGAAACUCCCUCGAUUUCAACCUGAAAACUUGGAGCACAACAAGAGUAUAUUCGAGAAGGUUAGUGAAUUAGCGGCUAGAAAAGGGUGCACCACAUCUCAACUAGCAUUAGCAUGGGUUCACAACCAAGGGAGUGAUGUGGUUCCAAUACCUGGAACCACUAAGCUUCAAAAUCUGCAAUCAAACAUUGAAGCUUUGUCGGUGAAACUUACACCACAAGAAAUGGCUGAACUUGAAGCUUAUGCAUUAUCCGAUGGAGUUAAAGGAGGAAGAUAUGGUGAUGACAUUUCCACUUGGAGCCAAUCUGAAACUCCACCACUUUCUUCAUGGAAAUUUUGACCUACUUCUCCAAAUAUACAAAGCUUUCUUUACUGAGAUUAUAGUAUGUUAUGUUUAAUUACUAAUACAGUAUAAGAAGGGAUUGUGUACUUGAAUAAUUUUUCAUAUGAUAUGUUGUUAUAUAUAGAGAGAGAGGUUGUUAGUG